CGACGACAUUUCCAUGUGAUGUGGGGAGUCAUUCCUUCAUCUAUCUGCAUGCGAAUCUGCAUUUGAUCGGCAGCAUCAGGACCUUUGUGUCGUACUGUAUUGUCGCUAUUGUAUGUUCAUGUUCUAUGGCUCUCUACUAUCAUACUACUAUCGAACUAACUAAGAAAGAAUGAGCGUCCACACUACUUCUACGAGACAACGUGGAGGAGGAGCGUGGGAACGUCGACGAAAGCAACCAACGGCAGGUAGUGAUGGACGUGAGAGUGCUGAAGAGAGAGAUGAUCCCAAUGACAAGGAAAAGAAACAAAAUCAAGUGUGGCUGUUGGUCGCCUGUGUGUUUGCCUCCUAUUUCUUUUUCCGAUUGUUCUUCAAAUGGGGCACCAAGACUCUGGAAAAGAAUAUUGAAAAGUACGUGGAAAAGUCACAAAGGCACAUUUACAAGGCGGACCACAACAACAAUUACAUGCCCAGGGCAUUGGCCGAAGGAUAUUUUCGAAAACCAAGUGCGGACCGAAAGCAGAAUACUAAUAAGCAGAACAAGAGAGCCAGUGAUGAUAAUCCCGUGGAAAUGAUGAGACAACAACGGCACUUGCACUCAUCACGACAGCAAACAAAGCAGAGUGACACGGUAUCAUCUUUGCUGGCAAAUUUUCAACAGAAACUCGUCCACAAAAAGAAUCCAUCGGCGGAUGUAGUGGCACAACAACAACAACAAAAACAAAAACAAUCAUCACCCCUUCGAGAGCUUCCAGCACGUGUCUGUGUGUCCAAAAAAGACUCCCUCACCGACUUUUCUUCCAAGACCCCCAGAAAGUGCCACGUCGAUUUGUGCCCUCCUCAGCUGUCCUUGCCACCUCCAGAGUCCCAAGAAUCCCACAACAACCACAACAUUAUUGUCAGUUCUCCCAAUCACUACGGACACGGCUUUGUCCAUCGUCCCGAUAUCAUUCGCAACAGUCAUACAUCCAUGAUGUUACCCGGUCAAGCCGGAUCGGGCAGUGGCUGUGCCAUUUCACACAAAUACCAAUUCAUUUACAUUCACGUUCUCAAAAGUGGCGGCAUGACCUUGAAAACAUUUCUCAAACAAGGACUCUGUCAAGGAUCCACCAAGAUGCCGUGUGCCUUGGGGCAAGACCAUUUGCAAAUUGUCGGCUGUCAUUCGGCUGUGGUGCAAUAUCCGCACUAUUUUGUCUGGAGUUUUGUCCGCAAUCCGUUUGGACGCAUGUACAGUAUCUACGCCAUGGCAUUGGACUAUCGGCAACGCAAAAAGAAAGAUACCACGGUAAUGUUGCCGCCAUUUUCCUUUGACGAGUUUGUGCAUGCCAAAGGAGCAAGUCACUCCUUGAAGAACAAGAAACGACGCCAACAUUACAAACGCCGCAGAUUGCUCGGUGGUGGUGGUGGUGGACGAUUUGCCAAUAGACACGGCAACAAACGGGAGUUUGCAGAAGCCAUGUGGUCGAAAAUGGCUCCAUCAUCCUCGAGCUCCAAAUGCACGGCGCGUCGAUCCAUGACCUACAUGGAUGCCGUGCAUUGUCAACCACAAUAUUACUUUUUAUUCAAUGAACAGGAUUGUCCCGUUUUUGAUUAUCUGGGACACCUCGAGACAUUUGCCACUGACUUGAAAACGGUCGUCGACAUGAUUGACAGUCCCGAACUCACGCAACACUACCAGCAAUGGACUCUCAAUAGUACUGCCAUUAAUAAUAGUGGGUUGCACAAGGAAAAGAGCACGUCCUUUGGAAGCAAACAAAAAGAGGCGCAACAUGGGGGGAGCCUGCGGUUGGCGUACGAAUCAGCAUCGGGAGAAGGAGACUUGCAACAGGUUGUUGCCAAGGAAUAUGCCAAGGAUUUUGAACUCUUGGGGUACGAUCCCACUGUGAUUCCCGAGUAGAGCCAUGACGGCUAUGAUAUGGGGUGCAUGAUCAUCUAUCUGCGACAACGUGACAAACAAAAUUCAUCGCUUGGGUUUUCAGUUGCACGCAACAGUCAGUCAGUCAGUCCGAUCGAAUUUGUUUGAUUGUUAUCCAAUGGUCUCAGGUCUCAUGACGACGUUCGGAGCACGACGUUGUGUUUUGGCGUCAAGGCAUUGUUUGGAUUGGUACGGUUGUACAGUAUUGCAACGGUCGUUCCGUUUGUUAUUCAAUUAAAAAGUUUUCAAUGAUGGCCAACCACUGGUCAUCUAGUACCACCGUACUUCGAACCAGUUCCUGUUACGUUAUCCGAAUCCUGUAUCAGUAGUACGGCAACGACACCAAUGCAUCAGUACAUGUAAAUAAACAAUUGUCAACCACAUUAUUACUAAUAUCUAUUGUAAGUCGAUCCGUUCGAACUA